CAGAGACAAAAGAGGGCUGGAAAAGAAGCAAAAUCAUUUAUAUUUGUCUUGUUUGAAGAUACAGUCCCUGUCACAGAGAUCUGUGCCUCUUUUCCCCAAGAGAGCCGUUCUGAAAGAAACAAAGGGAAGGGAAAGGGUCUCUGCUACGAGCAGACAAAACUGAGGGGUAGAGGAUUGAGCUCUCUGUGGGCAGAUUUUCCACAGAAAAGGUAUACGGGGGCUGUUACAUCCUCCUUUCCAUCCCAGUACCACCACCUGCCUCAGCCAGUGUGCUUCUGGGAAAUUGGGUGCAUGCCCUCCCAUCCAGAGGAUGUGCUGGGUCCGUCUCUGGGGAAGCCAACAUCAGGGUUCACCUGCAGCCUCCCACCUCUCCUUCUGCACGGGGAGGGGGUCAGGAAGCUGUCCAGCUCCCUUUGGGUGGAACAUCAGUAUAAUCAGUGUUAUCAAAACAUUUGGAUUUCAACAAUGCUGACUUUUAACAGCUGCGCUAGAUAAUUUUCUUUAUUGAACUUGGACAGGCUUAAACCAUAAGUGAUUCAGUGAUUGAAGGGAUGAAAGCAACACAACAAUGCAUUAACAUUCAUCCCCAGAGAUCUGCUUCUCUAAUGCAGUUCAAACCAAAUGUGCUGAAAGGGUAGAGCUCUGAGAUGUAUAAUGAUUGCGCAAGCGUCUUUUCUUUCCCAGAGGGGAGGAUCUUUUCGAAAGUAGCCCUACUUUUGCUUUAAUCUGCAUCGUCUGGGAUUGUUUCUUCAUAUACAAUCAAUUCAAUUUGCUUUAUUAAAAACAGUUCAGGGGCCACAUUUUAAUUUUAGGCAUUGAACGAAUGCAGCACACAAAAAUCUGCCAGUUAUCCUUGUGUAUAUACAGUAUUCAGGUUGGGGAUUUCAGGUAAGUGAACUUAAACUGCAGAUUGCCUGAAAUAAAGAGAAUAAAUAAAUAAUGGUGUGUAAUCCAGAAAGGCCUGGAUUCCCGGCAGGAGUCUUUAGGGGAUAAUGUGAAAUGAAUUGGAGUGCAGAUACAGUGCGGUGCCAGGGGACAGCAGGCUGUCUUGGACCUGGAGCACUCUGCAAAAGAAGAGAAAGGUGUUAUCAAGGCAUGGCUGUAAUGCAGAGAUCAAGAGAUAAGCAUGGUUUUUAUAUUAUUCGUGCAGUGCUGUAAUUGGACAGCAGAAGGAUGUGGUUAGCAGAAAUAAAACACAAGCCAGGGUUCCAGUUCUUUUGUUUUCUUCUGAAAUUUCUGGCACCGAGAGCAGUCAAAAUUCAGCACUUCUUUCUCCCUGUUUUUUAUCAAUGUAGUUAUUACAAAACUCUUCAGCUUUAAUUUGCUUUUUUAUAGGGGCCUUUCUAGGCAUGCAGUCCCCUUAGAUUUGGGCGUGAUAACUAACCAUAUCCUGCGAGUUGGACGUUUGGCUUACAUCCUCAUAUCUUCCUGCUUGGGCAUGGUCUCAAGUCAUCCCUUGUGGGCAUGUUGGUCUUCGCCUCGCAUCUCCAUGUCACCCCGAACACACACGUGUGCAAGCAUGGGAAGUGGAUCCGAGGAAGACAGAAUAUGCAGACAUAAUGUAGCCUGUUGCCCAGAGGCUCCUUCUGCCAGGAUCCAUGGACAUCUGACAUGGUUCCAAAGGAUACAAUCUUAGAUUGUCCUGGGCUUGAGCAGUAAAGGAUAAAUUUCAUCACUGGCUGACUUCUCAUCUCUUCAUUGUGAUGAAAAAAUGGUUGCCUAAAGUAAAACAUUUGUUAUGCUGCUAAACCUGCCUUUGAAUCCAAGAUCCAUUGCGAUUUUUAAAACACAAACCCCAAAAUGUCAGAACCCGACUCUUCAUCUGGAUUUGUAGGAAACAUGGAAAAUGGGACAUUUCUGGAGCUGUAUCCCACAUCCCUUUCAACUUCAGUGGAUUCAUCACCUGGCCGUUUAUCCAACGUCUAUGUCUAUGUUUCUAUAUUCCUUAGUCUCUUAGCUUUUCUCCUUUUGCUAUUGAUCAUUGCGCUUCAGAGGCUGAAAAACAUAAUUUCUUCCAGUUCCUCCUACCCAGAAUAUAAUAGUGAUGCUGGAAGUUCUUUCACUAAUUUAGAGGUUUGUAGUAUUUCUUCCCAGCGCUCUGCUCUCUCAAAUCUUUCUUCGUGAAAUGAAAUGAAAGGAAACGCACAGGGAAUGGAAGAGCUUUGUCUUGUUUCUUGGGGAGGUAGUGCAUGCAACAUUUGCCUUAGAAGACUAUUAUGAAGAGGUGGCUUUGAAGGUUUCCUUAGUUGCUUUUUGGUUGGGUUUUUUUUUU